UUCAAAUGCAUGAGUUGAGCUGAGCUACUUAUUUUUUUCUCUUCCGUAGUGGUUGUGCUACAAACGCAGGUUGAGAGAAGAGGAAGUUUCAGUGAAACUACUUCAUAGUUGAAUUCUAAUCAUUAGUGUCAAUUUUUAAUUUCUAAUUCGGACGAUAAGAACCGUAUGCCUCCAACAAUAUGACAGGAACAUGGUUCUUAUUUUCAACUUCAGCAAGAACGGAAGCAAAGUUGUUAGCUGUUUUGGACCUGAUAACUUCCAUCAUCUGGCUCUCACUAUGCGCGGCACUAAUCUGCGUGCUAUAUCUUUCUCCGGAAAUGCUGCAAGAAUUGGUUGAUGAGCAUCCAGAUAGCACUCGGGAUCUAGGAAAACUUUUGAAGUUUGGGGCGAUUAUGCAGGCCAUAAUUUUGACUACUUUGGUUUUGAGACCAGCCAUAUCGUUCAUUUUGGCAAUUAUGCUUUUGAUCGGAGCCCACAAGAGAUGUUAUUUGGCAGUCAGAAUGUGCCUCGUCUUCUCAGUAAUUUACAUAGUUAUUGACUUAAUUCUCCUUCUUCCACGGACAAUUUAUCUACAACACGGUAGCACCUUUGUGCUAGUGUACAUGGUUAACUUUAUCUACAUGGUGUACCAAUGGAGAGUUGUGUACCAACUCAUGCAAGAUUUAUCAGAAGACGAAAAAGGGGAAGAAGAGAAUGAUACAAAUACAGACGACACAGUGGUUAUAGAAGCAGAUGCAGAUGAUGCAGCACCCUCUGCAUAAUAAAUAUUGUGCAGAUUAUGAAUGAUGAUUUGAAAAUAAAAUAUUUCCUACUAAAAAUGAAAUGUAAUAUCGAAAGUAAUAUAAUAUCUACGUAAUAUCGAAUAAUAAUAAAGGCAAAGCAAUUAAUAGCAACUAACCGUGCAA